GGUUUCUGGGCGUGGAGCUCCGUGUGAAGAUGAAGGUAGAAGGUGUGUGUGAGCUGAAGUGAAUCCAGCAGCAUGGAUCAGUGUGAGGACAGAGAGGAGGGAGUCCUUCCCUCCAAAACCUCCCCGAGGGGAAAACCUGAGAGAGAAGAAGAGAGGAGACCUGGACCUGGACCUGGACCUGGACCUGGACCUGGACCUGGACCUGGAAAUGGACCUGGACCUGGACCUGGACCUGGACCUGGACCUGGACCUGGACCUGGACCCAGCUGUGUGUCCUUGAAGAGUGACAAGUCAUUGGAUUUCCCUUGGAAUUUUAAAGAUACCAAACGUUCUCCCUCAGUGAGGUGA